AUGAUGAGCUCUGACUUGAGAGAAUUUGAUGCACCAAAUUUCAAGAAUUCUACGUUUAGACUUGACAGACCUUCUUCAUACCUUCUCAACAAAGCCAGAAGAGAUGAGAUUAAUGGGUACUCAAAUCUGAAGAAGUCAAUGUCUUCCUCGACAGUUUAUAUUGGGAAGCUUUCAUUCGAUACAACUGAAGAACAAUUGUUUGAGCUAUUUAGCAAUUGUGGCACGAUUGUGAGAAUCAUCAUGGGCCUUGAUAAACACAAGCUAACUCCUACAGGAUUCUGUUUUAUCAUAUUCGACACACCAAGUGGAGCGUUAAAUUCAAUCAAAUACCUCAAUAAAACGAAAGUGAAUGGGCGUUCGAUGGAGAUAGAUUUAGAUCCUGGAUUUGAAGAAGGUCGGCAGUUCGGUAGAGGUGCUGACGGCGGACAAAGGCAACCACAACAGCAGUAUGGACAUCGCUAUGAGCAUGGCCGAAGGGAUGCCUUUGAUAGAAAUGGAAGGAGCGGAUAUAGAAAUACCAGGGGAAGAGCGAGAGGCAGGAAUACAUACAGAGAAAGACAAAGACAUCACACCGUCCCUCAAAACCGUGAAAAUUACCUACCACCUCAGCAUCAGGAAUCUCAAGGAUAUAGUGAGGGCCAAUCCGAAGUGCCUCCUCAUUUGAUGGGUGAGGAUUUUGCCCCAAAUGUACCCAAUCAAGAGCUCCCACCCCAUUUACGAUAA